AUGGAUCUCGAGAAGCACAUCGACAUAGGCGACAAGUCCACACCAGUCCAAGUUGCCGAGUCUGCGUCGUCUUCUGAGCCUAGUUUGUUGAAGCCGAAAGAAUUCGACGUGAAGCCCAACCGUGACAUUCUCCCAGAGAAGACUGGAACACGAACUACUCGCUACCUUAACUACAACUUCUUCUCCACUUACCGGAAAAUCUUCACGGUCAUCUUCACGGCUAAUCUUAUCGCUUUCAUUUGCUUCGUUGUGAAAGCAAGGGGUGUGCCUUUCUCCGCUGAUGUCGCCGUUGCUUCUUCUGCCAAUCUCAUGUCCACGAUAUUGUUCCGACAAGAAAAUUUUGUGAACCUGUGCUACGAGAUUGCUGUUUGCGUUCCUCACUCCCUCCCACUUUCUAUUCGUCGCAGGCUGGCCAAGGUUUUCCAUUAUGGCGGCGCGCAUAGCGGGAGUGGCACGGCUGCUGUCGUAUGGUUCCUGCUCUACACGGCUCUCAUUACCAAGGAAUACAUUCACAAUCCAUCCGGUGACGCCCUCGCCAACCUCAUCACCUGCUACAUCCUCGUCACCAUGUUUGUUCUCAUUCUUGGAUCUGCUUGGCCCCGCUUCCGAAUUAUGUUCCACGACUACUUCGAAGCCAGCCAUCGCUUUGCCGGAUGGACAGCCCUCGUCACUUUCUGGAUUCACAACGGCCUUGCCGCAAAAGUACUGGCUAGGGAACAGGGUAUUCCGAUCGGAUUGUACCUAGUUAGAUCCCCCAACUUCUGGUUCUUCUGUGUCUCCACUUCCUGCUCCCUCUUAUCCUGGUCGCGACUCCGCCGUCGUGACGUCUACCCCGAGAUUCUUUCCGACCAUGCUAUCCGCCUUCACUUCAAGUACAAGGCUAUGCAACCAUUCUAUGGUCUCAAGAUUUCGGACAGGCCACUUUUCGAAUGGCAUGCCUUUGCGACCAUCCCUGACGAAGACGAAAACGGCAAGAUCAACGGCUUCUCCGUGGUCGUCUCCAACGCAGGCGAUUGGACGAAGAAGGUGAUCACGAACCCACCCACCAAGCUCUGGGUCCGCGGCUACCCAUUGCACGGGCUUCUGUACACUUCGAAGCUCUUCAAGCAGAUCGUCGUCGUUGCCACCGGCUCUGGUAUCGGUCCUUGCCUUUCUCUUCUCUACGCGGGCGUCACCCCGCGUCGUGUUCUCUGGUCGACGCCUCACCCAGAGACGACGUACGGACCAAAAAUCCUCAACGCGGUGCUCAGAGCCGACCCUGACGCGAUUGUCUGGAACACUCGCACUCUUGGAAGGCCCGAUAUGGUUGCUCUGACUUAUCAACUCGUGCUCGAGUCGAACGCUGAGGCGGUGUUCAUCAUCUCCAAUCCCAAGGUGACGAGGAAGGUGGUGUACGGCAUGGAGACCCGCGGUAUCCCGGCGUACGGCGCCAUCUUCGAUUCAUGA